UAAUAAAAUGCCACAAGAGGAUCCAUUCCAGGCCUGUGGUGGCUAUAUGAAUGUAAAAAUUUCUAAGCUUGAAAAUCAAGUAGCGAAUUCCAAAAAUAUUUAUAAACAGUCUAACCUAUUUGAAGGAAUUUCAAUUUUCGUUAACGGUUGGACAAACCCUACUGCUGACGAUUUAAAACGAAUUAUGAUGACCUACGGUGGAACAUAUCAUCACUAUGAACGUAAGCACACAACUUUUAUUAUUGCUGAAAAUUUGCCAGAUGUUAAAAUCCGGAACAUGAAUACAAGCAAUGUAGUUAAACCGAAAUGGAUCGUAGAUUGUGUAAAAGCUAAUAAGAUUUUAGACUAUUCAAAAUACCUCUUAUAUACAAAUCAAAAACGUUCGCAGCCCAGUUUAUUUUUUAAAAAUUCCAGCGACGAGUCAACCUUUUUAAUCACUGAAAAACAUAAGCAAAAAAAUAAAAAAUUCAAAAGAAAUUUGUCAAUGGGUCACGAUGACGAAGAAGAUGAGGAAGAUGAUGAAUCUCUAGAAGUUAAUUCUAAUAUUAAAAUGGAUUCGGUAUUCCAUUCAAGUACCAGUUUAAAAAGGCCUUUUCAAGAAGACUAUAACAAAGUCGACAAUGGUCAAAAUGAACCAAAAAAAUUCUAUCAGGAUCCAGAUAUAGCACUUGAAAUUCUAAAUAAUCAAAUAGCAUUUAAUCCUCAAAUAAUAGCAAAGAAAAAUAAUUUGUCUGAAAAAUCACCUGUUAAGGGUGAAACUAUAUCGACAAAAACUAGAACCGCAAAUGAUCCAAAGUUUUUAUCAGAGUUUUAUAAUAACUCUCGUUUGCAUCAUAUAGCUACUUUGGGAGCAGGAUUUAAACAAUAUGUAACUGAAUUAAGAGAAAAUCAUUCUGGUGAGUUUCCACUUAGAAAAGAAUUACUCAAAACUCUUUGUAAGAAACCUGAUUUUGUAAAGAAUUCAUACGUAAUGCAUAUUGAUAUGGAUUGUUUUUUUGUUUCUGUUGGGUUAAGAACUCAUCCUCAUUUAAAAGGGCAUCCUGUCGCAGUAACACAUUCAAAAGGAGGGACUGAAGUUGUUGAUCGUCCUGGUGUUGAUCGAGAAAAAGAGCUGAACCUUUAUAUGAAUCGUUUGCAGAAUCGUUUACUUGAAAAUGUUAUGGACGACAAGAAAGAAAAAAUUAAAACUGGUUUUGAAGGUAAAGAAUCUUUAUCAGAAAUAGCGUCAUGCAGUUAUGAAGCAAGACAAAAGGGUGUUAAAAACGGAAUGUUCGUUGGCCAAGCUUUAAAACUAUGCCCGGGACUAAAAACAAUCCCAUACGAUUUUGAGGGUUACAAAGAAGUUGCAUUUAAACUUUAUGACACUAUAGCUCAGUACACUUUGGAUAUUGAAGCUGUAAGUUGCGAUGAGAUGUUUGUUGAUCUUACCAAUUUAUUAAACGAUAUUCAAGUCGACGUUAUGGAUUUUGUAACAUAUGUUAGAGAGGAAGUCAAAUCAAAAACGCAGUGCCCGUGUUCCGCUGGUGUUGGAGGAAAUAGAUUGCAAGCUCGGAUGGCAACAAAGAAGGCUAAACCUGAUGGUCAAUUUUAUUUAGACCCAAAUACCGUAUUGGAAUAUAUGACAGACAUCCCUAUCAAAAGCUUGCCUGGAGUUGGUUACAGCACGGAAUUAGCCUUAAAACAGUUAAACUGGACAACAUGUGGAGAUCUGCAAAGUGUACCUUUAUCAAAAUUACAAAUGGAGUUUGGGAAAAAAUUUGGUGAAACAUUAUAUCAAUCAUGUCGUGGUAUGGAUAGUAGACCAUUAGUCUUUGGUCAAAUAAGAAAAUCUGUUUCCGCUGAGGUUAAUUAUGGAAUUAGAUUUACAGAAAACUUGGAGUUGGAAAAAUUUUUGAGACAGUUGUGUGAAGAAGUCCAUUCUCGUUUAACGAAAAUUAACAGAAAAGGUAAAUGUAUUACUUUAAAGGUAAUGGUAAGAGCAAAAGAGGCACCAACUGAAACUGCUAAAUUUAUGGGCCAUGGAUUUUGUGAUUCGAUGAAUAAAUCAGUAUCAUUAUCAGAUUAUACAUCAGAUCUAGAGACUAUUACAAGAACAGUACUAACCACAAUGAAGGCUUUAAAUUUACCUCCAAAAGAACUGAGAGGAUUAGGUAUUCAAAUUUCAAAGCUUGAUGAUCCGAACGAGGCAAAAAAAGCUAAUAUAAUUAAGAAUAUGUUUAACAAAGUGUUAGAAAAGCAAAAGGUGUCGUAUAAUGAAUCAUUGCAAAAGACACCCGAAAAACAAAAGAUAAUUCACAAUGAAAUUAAGGAUACUAAUAUAAGAAAUCAAAGUCCACACAAAAAUUUACAUAAUGUAGCAACAAAACUCAAUAUCACCCCAGAAAAAGCUUUCGCUGGUCGGGGCAAAUUACUCAAAAGUAAAACAAAUCCGAAUGCCAAACCGAAUACUACAAUACUUAGCAUGUUCCAAAAUGCUGCAAAAAAUCCUAAACCUCCAAAAAUUGCUCAAAAACUCUAUUCAGCAACUGAAAUUGAUCGAAGUGUUUUAGCAGAGUUACCUGAAGAUAUCCAAAGAGAAAUUUUAAGGGAAAAUCGAAUAACAAUUGAAAAUUUCCCUUCACCUUCAAAAAAUUAUGAACACUCAAUUUCUUCAAAUCAAAAUGUGCAAAAUAAAAAUGAAGUAGCUAAUAGUGAACCGGAAAAUUUCUCGGUCGAAAACAAAACUCAAAUUGAAGUUGAUAUUGAAUUUUUAAACGCUCUUCCACAAAAUUUAAGAGAUGAACUUGAGAAGGAAAUUGCUGAAGCUAAAGAUAAAUACAUAAUUGUAAAUAAAAAAGAAUCCAAUGAAAAAAUUGCAAAAAGUUCUGAAAUGUCUUCUGGUCAUUUUAUGGAAAUUGAACCAAACCAAAAUGACUUAGACGAAGCGGGUCCAUCAAAAAAUACAUUUGAUUUAACACCUGAAACUCUUCAAGAUAAUCCAAUAAAAUAUAUAAAAAAUUGGGUAAAUAGUACAAACAAACCAAUAAAAAGUGAAAUCGAAAAUUUUUGUAAUAAUGUAAAAGCUUGCGUUAAAUUAGGCUCUAAUGCAAUCACAGCAGAAGAAAUAAUUUCUGAAUUAUAUAAAAUAAUAAACCAGUCAGACAAUUGUCAAUGGCACAUAGCAUUUGAUUUAAUUCUAAAAAAUCUACAAGAGGAAAUCUUAGCAUUUAAGUCAAAUUUAAAUUAUGAAAUAGAAUGUGAUGAUUGUAGUUAAUUCUUUUUAAACUAAAAAAAUUGUAUUUAAAUAUUUAAAUUUUAUAACUUAUUUCUUUAUUUAUUUUAC